UGUGCUUCCUCCUCUUCCGUGCACGCCAUCCUCCUUCCUCCUCUCCCGCUUGCGCCAUUUCCUUCCGCCGCCGGCCCUAGAUGGCACCGCCCCGACUUCCCCGCCACCGCCUGCCUCGACCGGCCCCUCCUCCGCCGCCGCCCCAGCCCCGACCUCCACCGCAGCCUGGAGCGCGCACUGGCAAAGGCGGGCGCCGCCAUGGCACGUGGAGCUACCGGCGGCCACACCGACGCCAGCGAAGCCCCGGUCGCAGCUCAGCAACAAGAGCAAACGGGAUGCGACGCCGGCGGCCGACCCACCGGGGAAGAAGAGGAAGGCGGGCGUGGGUCGCGGUACCCAUCUCACGGUGACCGACGACGACUCAUCGCCGCAAUUCAUGCCACCACCCGUGCUGCCUACUGCUCCACCGCCACCCGCGCUGCCGGCAAGCGAAGAAUUGCCCCGAGCCCCGGUGACGCCGACGGCCACAUUCAAUGUGUUUGAUGUAAUGUCUGGAAGCUUGGACGAUGAUGAGUUCAUGGCAAAUAUGAACAUUGGUUCAUAUGAUUAUAUGUCUCAAUCACAAGAUUAUGACACUCAAGUGGGUGACACUCAACUUGAUGGUGGCUUAGAUGAUGAGGGUUUCAUCGAUGAGAUGCCGAAGGGGAGAAGGGCCAACUACACCACCGCCGAAGACUUGUUGCUUGUAAAGGCAUGGCAGAAGGUUGGCAUGGAUGCAGCCGUGGGUACCGACCAACCCAAAGCUCUCUAUUGGGUGAGGAUCAAAGGGUACUUCGAUGAACACAACCAAAGUGGCAAUGAGCGGACGACGACUUUUCUUCGGCACUGUUGGUCCACAGUAUUUUUGAAUUGCCAAAAGUGGUCGGGAUGCUUGUCUUAUGUGCAGAAAUUGAACCCAAGUGGUACAAAUGAUUGUGAUAGGCACAAUAUUGCAAUCAAGGCAUUCAAAGGAAAGCCCAAGAAGAGCAAGAAGGGCAAGCUCAUACAAGGCAAAGCUUUCACUUUAUCUCAUUGUUGGCAGAGCUUGAGCACGAUGAGAAGUGGAGGAAUCGUGAUAUGUAUGAAGUGCCAAUGAGAGCUACCAAGAGCUCGGUAGGAGAUCCAACCAUUGUUGAUGAUGAUGAUAAUGAAGUACAAGUGAGGAAGGGAAAAGAAGCCCCACAACCAACUCGGUUGCAAAAACAUCAAAAAGGCCUGAAGGGAGGAAGAUGGCCAAGGAUAAGGGCAAGAAGUCCGGUGAAGAUGACAUAAAGAAGUCAUUGGAUGCCAUUUGCAAUGCAAGGAAGGACUAUGUCGAGGAGAGGAAGUUGAUGAAGACCAAGGAAAUGGAGGAGAGGAGCGCUGCCAAGGUGAGGUGCGCGGCAACCGAAGAGAGGAGGGUGUUGGUGGAGGAGAAGAAGAUGGCUUUGAGAACACCAUGCGGCUCAUGGAGAAAGAGAAGGUAUUCAUGUUUAUGGACACAAGCAAUCUUAGUGAGAAGCAAAAAGAGUAUGUUGAGUUGAUGCGCGGACAAGUGUUAUCACAAAAACGCAUGAUCGGAGGCUACAUGAUGAAUGGAUUCGUGGAUGGCAUGGGAACCAUGGGUGGCAUUGGAUGUACCUUGGGUUUCAUGGGAGCCAUUGGAGGUACCAUGGGUGCCAUGGGUGGCAUUGGAUCCAUGGGAGGGAUUGAAGGUACCAUGGGUGGCAUUGGAGGUACCCAUGGGUGGAUUCAUGGCAUCCAUGGUUGCUCCCAUCUCUCCAUUUCGAACUUCCACGAAUGGAUUCAAUGGAGGUACCGUGGGUGAUGGCAAUGAAGGCAAUGGAGCCGAUGAUGGCAUGGAAGGGGAAACACAAAAUGAUGUUUGAACUAUGUUUUGUGUUUAGGUGAACUAUGUUUGUGCUUGUGUGAACUAUGUUUGUGAGUUGACCUUUCAUAUGUGCUUGAUGAUGAAGAUAUGAUCUUGAAUUAUAUGCUAUUCAUAGGCUUGUGUGAUUAUUUGUUAAAUAUCUAGGUUCAUAUGUUCAUCACAUAUAUGUGAAUUUGCAAAAUGUCAAAUGUUGCCAGAUUUUUACAUCA